AAUAUCGGUUAAGCUCUUAGAAGAUGAGUUCCUUCGAAAAGUUAUUUUUGUAUCAGUACAGUGUUGUCAGAGUGCGUUAAUUUUAAGCUAACCGGUGAAAACACCUUGUAGGCCAAUGAUUAUUAUUAUCUAUGUUUUUGCUUCCAGAACUUAAGCCAGAGAAGAAUUGUAACAGACUCUAUUUGGCGACUGAAAAACUAGGUCUCCCGUUUCCGUGUGUCUGUCGCUGUAUUCGGCGAUUUCCAAAUAAAUUUAACGGAGAACUAUUUUAAUGAAAAAUUCAUUAAGGCAGCCACUGUUAUUGGUUGUUUUAAUAAACGAGGUUAGUAAUAAUUGUAUUUAUUAUUAUUGUGAUGGUAAUAAGUAGUUCACGACCCUUAAAAUUUUAGAACAUAAAAAUGUAGCAAAAAAGUUGAUGUUAAAAUUUCACCCUGUCUCUGUUUUAAAUUUAAACCGAAACAACGUUCAGAAAAGUCUUAUAACCAACCAUCAACAAAUUGGCGUCGUGCUGGAUGGUGACUGUCGCAAAAGCGAAGAAUUUUUGAUCAUGUGUGGUCAACAAAAAUUUUUCGAUGUAAAACAUCACUGGUUAGUGGUGUCUAAUUCACCAAAUAUUACCAACAAAUUUAACAAAGUCAUUUUAAACAUUGACGCUGAUAUUCAUCUCGCUAUAAAAGGUUUAAGUAACACUUGGAGCAUCAGUGACAUUUAUAAUCCAGCCUCGGAGUAUGGUGGUAUUUUAAUUUAUGAAAAAAUAGGUACUUAUGCUGAAGGACUAGGCUAUAAUGCAAGAAUCAAACAACCUAAAUAUUGGAAAAGAAGGAACAUGACCGGUGUUACUCUUACCACAAUAGUAGUGCUUUUAGUACCUUUUGAAGGAACACUAGAAGAUUAUUUGCACAACGAAGAUAACCGAACUAUUAAUACGUUCAACAGAUUUCAACACAAACUUCUUCGUUUUUGUAGAGAUUACUACAACUACACGAUGAAUACCCAGUUAGGUAACUCAUGGGGCUAUCCAUUACCCAAUGGAUCUUUCGACGGUAUGGUCGGUGCUUUAGAGCGAAAGUUGAUUCACUUUGGGAGUUCGCCUAUAUUUGUACGAGAAGAUCGUUCUAGAGUCAUAGACUAUGGGCGAAGUACUUGGAGCUUUAGGGCAGGGUUUUUAUUCAGAAGUCCAAAAUCACGAACGUCUAUCGAAAUUUUUUUAAAACCUCUUUCAACUUCCAUUUGGUUGAUAACUGGUUUCUUUGCAAUUGUAUCAGUUGUUAUUUUAAAAAUGGUUACCACGUUCGAAAAAAAAAGAUAUCUUAGUGAGAGUGAAAGUUCUUGGAGUUUGUCUGUUAUAUUCACUAUAGGAGCUUUUUGUCAACAAGGAUCGCCAGAUGUUCCAAAAAUGGCGUGUGGGAGAAUUACUGCGAUAUCAAUAUUAGUCCUGUCUGUAAUGAUUUAUCAAUUCUAUUCAGCAAGCAUCGUUUCGAAUUUACUAAUGAAACCCACGAAUAAAAUCAAAACUCUGAAAGAUCUCAUGGAAUCGUCUUUGAAUGUUGGAUGUGAAGAUAUCAUCUACAACAGGGAUUUGUUCGAACAUACUAGUGAUAAAUUCAUCAAGCAAUUUUAUUCAAAAAAAAUCUACGGCAAAAGAAAUACGUCGCACUUUUGGCCAACUAAAUUAGGAAUCGAUUUAGUAAGGAGUGGAGGCUAUGCGUUUCACAUUGAAGUGGCAAGAGCCUAUCCUACCAUUGAAACAAGUUUUUCUGACCAAGCUAUAUGUGAACUUCGUGAAGUAAAGCUGUUUACAAAUACGGAUCUAUACAAUACAUACCAAAAAGGUUCACCUUUUUAUGAUAUGUUGGAAACUUGUUUUCAGAGAUUGGCCGAAUAUGGAAUACUCUUUAGAGAAAAAAGAUUUUGGCAUCCUCGAAAACCCGAAUGUAUUCAAGACACAUUUGUAACUUUUCAUGUCGGUUUAGACGAAUUUUAUCCCGCUUUGUUGAUACUGUUAAUAGGGAUUGUUAUUAGUUUAAUUGUCUUAAUUGCAGAGAAACAUAUUUCGUUAAUGAAGUCCAGAGUAAAACAGCCGUCGCAGCAGUUGAAGAAGACAAAGUUUCCAUUUACAAAAUAUUUAAUAGUUGUCGCAGAUAUAGUUUCCUCUAACAAUUUUGUCGAAAAUUUUGAGAAUGUUACUUUAAAUAUUAACGCUGAUAUUCACAUAGCCGUUUUCGACACACCUACAGUAUGGUCAAUUUUUGACUUCUAUAAUCCUGCAAGUGAACACGGUGGUAACCCAAAUUUUACAAAAAUUGGUUUUUAUGAGCAUAAAGUAGGAUAUAAGAUUAAAAAAACCGAAGCCAAAUACUGGAGCAGAAAAAAUGUUACUGGUGUUACCUUCAAAUCAAUGGUUGUGUUGCCAAUGCCAUUUAAAGGAACACUAGAUGAUUAUCUCAACAGCGAUGCUAACAGAGACGUUAACACUUUCAAUCGGUUUCAUAGUAGACUGACAAGUUUCUGUAGGGAUUUUUAUAACUAUUCGGUUAACAUUGAAGUAACAAAGUCUUGGGGUUACACAAAUCCAGAUGGUACUUUCGAUGGAAUGGUGGGAGCUCUGGAACAAAAAAUCAUAGACUUUGGCAGCUCUCCUCUCUUUGUGCGAGAAGAUCGUGCUAGAGUUAUUGAUUAUGGCAGAAACACUUGGGUUUUAAGGGCAGCUUUUUUGUUUAGAAAUCCAAAAGCUCGAACUUCUAUUGAAAUAUUUCUACAUCCUUUACCAACUUCUGUUUGGCUAAUAACCGGUUUAUUGGCAGUAGUGUCUAUAGUAAUUUUAAAAACUGUAACUACUUUUGAAAGAAAAAAGUACCAUUAUCAUACAGAAACAUCAUGGGGGGUGUCAGUUAUUCUAACUUUAGGGGCUUUCUGUCAACAAGGUUCACCAUCAACUCCAAGAAUGACUUGUGGAAGAAUUACUACAAUUACAAUUUUCUUACUUUCUAUUCUCAUUUAUCAAUUUUACUCAGCUAGCUUAGUGUCUCACUUGCUAAUGAAACCCCUCACUAACCUUAAAACCAUCAAAGAUCUUUUAGACUCCUCUUUAAAAGCAGGUUGUGAGAAUAUUCUCUACGAUCGUGACUAUUUCCAGCACACAACCGAUGAAGUGGCGAGAGAAUUAUAUACCAAGAAAAUCAUUGGCAAGAAGAACACAUCGAACUUUCUUUCUCCAGAAGAUGGUUUAAAAUUAGUUGAACAAGGAGGUUAUGCCUUUCAUGUGGAGACUGCGACGGCGUAUCCUAUAAUAGAGGCAACAUUUGAUGCAAAGCCUAUUUGUGAACUUAAAGAAAUUCAGCUGUUUAGAACACAGCCGAUGCACGCAAAUUAUCAAAAGCAGUCACCCUUUAGAGAUAUGUUUGAUACUUGUUUUCAGCGUUUGGCAGAACAUGGACUGUUGUUCAGGGAAAGAAGACAUUGGCACCCACGGAAACCAGAAUGUAUUCAGUCUUCUAGGUCUAUUAGUUUUCAUGUGGGUUUAGAUGAGUUUUAUCCUGCUUUAGUUAUAUUUUUGGUGGGGAUUAUUAGUAGUUUAACUUUAUUAAUCCUUGAACAACAGAUAAAAAGGAGAAACGAAAAACCAGAUCGACGUUCCAUUUUACUUUUAAAUAAAAAGUCUGCUUUUCCAUAUGUGAACUGACGACGAUGGUUUUAAAAUAACAAUAAUUAUGACGACCAUAGCAUUACCCUGAAACCAAACUACCAUUGUCACACUUCAAAUAUUAUAAUCGAUUUAAACUAUGUAGUCAAUAUAACGAGAGAGUAAUAAAAACACGAUUAGCAAAAGCCAUGGAUCUUCGAAUCGAUUUUAUAUUACCCUCUCGGUACUAUGUAUUACGUGUUAUUAGCUAUAAAUACAUAUAUUAUAACACUUAUCACUCUA